CACUGCUUCAGUAUUCGGACGCGUGCUUCGCAUUUUUAGAAUCGCGAUCGUUAACCUGAAAUUGUUAAUUAUUUUAAAUAAAUUAAUACGAUUAAACGCGUAAAUUAGUGAAAAUUCCGAGUGAUUUGUGCGUGAAAAUGUGCCGGUCUAGUUUAAAACUCGAACGUAAAUCAUAGUGUCGAGUGAUGUUGAGAAAAUGGACUUGCGUAGUGCGUUUAUACAGCCUUCUCUUUCUUUUAAUUUGCUUUCUCACUUACUUGGAUUAGCGCGCGCUGAAAAUUUCUUUGCUUUUGAAUCGGAAAAAGUACGGUUUGAGCAGCGACUAUAUGUCAUAAUAAACGCAUAUUGAAUCCUUUGCCGUACGAUGAAGGCAAUAAAUUUACCUGUUAUCGCAUUUUCACGUAGUUACAGUAAUGAUAAUAAUUGUGGUAGAAAUUACGUUAGCGAAAUAUCGCCCGUUUUGUACGACCAAGAUUCGCGUAAUUGUUUAAUAAUUUGCAAUAAUAAUAUGCGGUACGAUCGGUGUUGUUGCGGUUUCAAAAGUGUUCAUUCGAAAGCACAAAGUCGAAAUAACUGUACAAGUAUUUCGAUUUGCGAUUCAUUAUGAGACAGGGACGCGGAGGUUCGAGAAGUAAAAAAUGUUGUAAUCGACGUGUAGCUGCUGCACCCAUCACGCUGCCAGGCACACUGGAGGACUCUGCCCCGCCAUCAUGGAAGGGGCCAGGUCCAGAACAAAGUUUUGCUGCGAAUUCAGGGCAAAAUUACUCUGGACCGCCGGCCGGUUACCAAGGACAGUCGCCGUUUCAGGGGCCGCCGGUAGGAGCUGGUUCGCCGGCCGGCGGGCCGUACUCGGGUCCGCCGACCGGCUCGUCGACGCCGCAGUACACCGCCUCGCCGGCGCCGUCCGGGUCCUCCACACCUGGACCGGGUCCGCAGCCCGGCUUCCCACCAACGUCCAACUCAGCCGGACCAACCACGUUCAACGGACCUAGUCCGUUCGGCUCGCCGUCCAGCAGCGGGCCGCAAUUCGUCGGACGACCCAACUCGUCGGGGCCGCCGUUCGGCGGUAAUCCGCAUUUCUCGUCGUCCGGCCAACCCUUCAGCGGCCACCAGUUCGGCAUGCCGCCCGGAUCGCCGUUCGCCCACGGUCCUCCGAUGCCGGGACCGAUACCGUCGCACGGUAUGCUGCCUUCAGCUCCCAAUUCAAUCGAUAGGAUAGAGCCUCCGGGGUGUUUCCCUGUUCACAGGAGACAUACGCCAUAUUUUGGUCAACCGGAUGUUCGAAUAUACGAGCUUAAUAAGAGAUUACAACAAAGAACUGAGGAAAGCGAUAAUCUAUGGUGGGAUGCGUUUGCUACGGAAUUUUUCGAAGAUGAUGCUUCCUUAACGCUAACUUUCUCUUUAGAAGAUGGAGCUAAAAGAUACACUAUCGGAAGGACGCUGAUACCGCGCUAUUUUCGUAGUAUAUUCGACGGCGGAGUAAACGAACUGUACUACAAUUUAAAGCAUCCCAAAGAAUCAUUUCAUAAUACUAGUAUUACUUUAGACUGUGAUCAGUGCACCAUGGUUACGCAUCAUGGAAAACCUAUUUUUACCAAGGUAUGUACGGAAGGUAGAUUAAUUUUAGAAUUCACAUUCGACGACCUGAUGAGGAUCAAAUCGUGGCAUUUCGCUGUGAGAACGUACAGAGAAUUAGUUCCUCGUUCGGUGGUUGGCAUGCAUUCGUCACAACAAGAUCCGCAAAUUAUCGAACAACUUACUAAAAACAUAACCAGACAAGGUAUCACGUCUCCUACACUUAAUUAUUUAAGGCUGUGCGUAAUUUUAGAACCUAUGCAAGAAUUAAUGUCCAGGCAUAAGGCAUACAAUCUAACUCCUAGAGACUGUCUGAAGACGACACUUUUUCAAAAAUGGCAAAGAAUGGUCGCACCACCAGAAUCUCAAAGACCGGCGAAUAAAAGGCGGAAACGAAAAGGAUCGCAGUCGAGCGCAGCAACCAAUAACACGCCAGCAGCACCCGCCAAAAAACGAUCUCCGGGACCAAAUUUCUCACUCGCCUCGCAGGACGUGAUGGUAGUCGGCGAACCAUCUCUGAUGGGCGGAGAAUUCGGAGACGAAGACGAAAGAUUGAUCACGCGACUGGAGAAUACGCAAUACGACGCGUCGGCCAAUUCGUUAGAUCACGAAACUGGACACGGCUUCUCGGAUUCACCUCUAACCGGGCCCGGACCUGGGCCACCACCGCCCGGCUCCAACGCCGGGCCUAAUUCAUGGGUAACAGCACCUUCGGCCGCGCCGCCGCCCACCGGCCCGGAUAACGAUAAAAAAUCUCCAGCUGUGAGCCAGUGAUACUCUUGUUUUCUUUCUUUCUUUCGUUUCUUUCGUUUCUUUUCUUUUCAUUUUUUUCUUCUCUUCUUUUUAUUUUUGCUCUAGAUUAAAUCCGUAUAUCGUAAGAAUAUUUAUUGUUGUGUUGUGUUGUGUUGUGUUGUAUGUGUGUAUGUGUAUGUUAUGCAUGUCCGCCGGCUGGGUGCGCAUAUGUAUCUGUGUGUAUUCGUUUUGUAAAAAUGUACAUAGCAAUUUUCUAAUGGUACCUACUACGAUGUUCCGAUCUGUACGAGUAUUUUCGACGCAUCCGCAGCCCCAUACGCAAAUGGACUCUGGGUAUAUUCGCAAUCAACAAUUAUGUAUUACCGUGUACAGUUUCGGUUCCACGAUUUUCUGCAACUUUACCACGUCCCCGUCGUCCUCGAGCUCGUCCACCGUCUCCGCUUUUUAGCCCGCGAUCGCCGCGCCGCGUCGCUUUCACGACGGCAAAGUCGUCUUUGGUACCCCGCCUUACCUACAGGCCACACGCUACAGCUACAGCCUACCGUGGCUACUUUUUGCUACUCGUUCGAAUUUUACUUGUCGAUGAAAUUUUAAAUUUUGACUCGUUCUCGUUGUAGCGCUUACUCGUAUGUAGUUUAUCGCCUAUUUUUUUGGCUAAAUUACCGGUGAUUUGACGAAUAAACCAACUUUUCGCAUAAUCUCGAGCCGGUGUCCUCUACCUCGUCUUCAAAGUUGAAAUCGUUAUACUUUUUGGACUGUUAUUUCACGCGAUGGUCGUUUACAGAUCGUCGAGUAAUUAGACCGUCGCCGCCGCCGCCUAUUAAUUUUGUUAUUUUUGUUUGUUUAUUUAUUCAUUUAUUUAUUUAUCUAUUUUUUAAAAUACUUCCGUAGACAACACGAUACGAAUAACGACGCCUUCACGAGCGCUUUCGUCGUACGUCAUGAUUCAUGAAUGAUGAUGGUAUUGUUCAUUGUAAAUGAAGUACCUACUUUAAUUUCAAACCAAUCGAAAGACGAUUAUUUGAAUUGAACCAAGUUUUUCCUACCUUCUUCCAGACUCGCUCAAAUUUCGAAUCCUCCCCAUCACCCCGGGCAAUUUGUUAUAAUCCGCGAAGAAGGAAGACUAGUUACCAUUCUUUUUGCUACGAGUAUCACCGGAGAUCGUCGCGUCGCCUUUCUAUCAAUUUGUUUCGAUUAUAAAUACGUAACAAAAUAGAUAGCGCCGCGUUUUUACUCUUGUUGUUGGCAUUUUUUUCUCGUAAUUAUCGUCGCUUCCAUUUCGUUCGCGUUAUUACGUCGUAUUACGAGUAUUUCGUGACUACCUCGACUGCGCCGCCACCGCCGCCCCCUUGUUUUCGACCACUUGUACAUUUAUACAUAAUAUAGAAUUUAGCUUCGUUUCUCGUAUCUACACGAGUAUGCUGGAAAGGUGAGCGGAUCCGUUCGACAAAAAUCAAAAAUUCGAAAUGCGAAAUCCAGCAUUUAGCAUUUUGCGUGUGUUUCCUCGCUCGCACCUGGUAUCGGCCAACGUAGUGUAAGGAAGUUGUCAACAUUUCAUCUCGCCUUUCCAUUUUCCCAUCGGCCAUCGAAUGCAAGUACAUACGUUUAUACGAGUAUUUUUCUUCCGCGUAAAAUACGAGUAAUGUUACGAAUAACACGAUUUUUUUUUGCACGGAUCUCAGCGUUGACCUACACGACAUACGUACUUACGCGAUGUGUGCGCCUAUUGCCUAUUUACUUUGCUGCGUGUACCUAGGACCUACGAGUGCAAUUAAUUUUCGGUCGCAGUUUCAUGUUGUUCGUAAUUUGCCGAUGAUAAUUUCCUUUCCCUUUCCCCCUUUUUUUAUGGUGCUAUUUUCUUUCGCGUGUUUUUUUGUUUUUAAUGUACCUAUUAUUGUUGUUUGUGUACUUUUGACGAGGUGGCUAGUGGCUAGUGGCUACUUGAUCAACAUUUUUCUGCGACGGUGAUGAUCGUUGAAAAAGAAAAAAAUUAUUUCUACCGUAGUUUCUCCGAUAUCGAUGCGUGCCCCCUCCCUCCCUCCCUCCUCUCACGAUUAAUAUUGCUUUUUAAUCUAGCUGCAGAAAUCACGUUUAGUUAACGCCUAGUCGCCUAAUCGUGGAUUCACCGGAUUCGCUAUUUUUCUCGAACAAAUAGGAACGAUCGGAUUUAAAUUAGAUGAACAUGGAACUGCAACCCGCAGAUUUAUAAAAUUUCCGCGUAAAAUCUUUGGUCGUGCGUUAUGACGGGUUUUCGUGUUGAAAUUUUACGAUUCCGCCCAAGUGGCGGAUCCUACGAGUAUUAGUGGUUGGUCGAUUUCAGCCACCCGAUGCCAAAAAUUCAAAAGGCAUCGUUGAAAUUUGCCGAAUUUUCUAGUUUGCCCGCGUAAUACGCGAUCGUGAAAAUAAAAACAGUCAACUUUGUCGAUUCGUAAAUCAUUUUCGCGUUAAGAAUCAAUUCUCGUUCGAUACGAAGUUGACAAAAAAUAUGUUGGACGUUAUUUCGGCGGCCGCCGCGUGUGCAGAGUUUCCUUCGGUAUCGAAAAAUUAAUAGGUAUGUACCAUAGUGUGUAUUGAAAAAUUUGUUGGUUUUGUUUUGCGUACCUACUCGUUUUACGGUACGCAAUUUAUGUAAAUCUCUGUAAUUUGUACAUUAAUAUUCGUAAUUUUUUUUUUCAUUCAAUUUUCGUGUUAGUUUAAAUGAAAAAUUACUGAAAUUUUGGAUUUUAUGUAUUUAAAAUAUACUUGUACGAGAACGAAUUUCUUUUUCCAACAUUUUACUUUUCUUUCUUUCGUACUGUUUCCUUGUUUUUUUUUCCUGACAAAAAUUUAUAAAAAUAUCCGUUUACUAUUCGUAAGCUAAACGUAUUACAAUCUACCUAUAAAAUAACGGAAAAGUUUGAAACGCAACAAUUAAAUUGAAGAAGCUGUCGAGCAAUGAGCAUUAUAUCGAAUUGUUGUUACCAUUUUGUUUUUUUUUUCCUUUGUCUUUUUUUCUGUUUUUUAGUUUAACGAACGGAUAUUUAGGUAAAUUAAUAACGUCGUAUUUUUACGACUGUUACGUUUUUUUCAACCGUGGUUUUCUAAAUUCCGUACACGACACGUACUGUCAUUUUGCUUUUUCCGUCCUUCUAGGCAAAACUCGUACCUAAUUAAUAAGCUAAGAUUUUCGCAGCUUGAUGAGUUGAGUAUAUAGGCGAUGUCGCGAUGUCGCGGUUACUGGUCAACCAUUCUACGACGUUGUGAUCGUGUUGAUCCGGCACAAGUCUUUUUCAUGCGCGCACGUUGGCCCGUUUAAUGAAAAAUCAAAUCUAUUUGCUGGCCUAAAAGUACGAAUGACAGUAAAGUAUUUUCGUUAGAAUAAUUUCAUUUCAUUGUUCCUUUCCUUCAUAAAUAAAACUGUACAAAUUUUUUUUUAUCCAUUUAGGUUAAGUAGAAAAUUGAUUUUUUUUUUCGAUUGAAAUAAUUGAAGUAUAUAUUUGUAUUUGAUAAAUUGUGCAAUGGUUUUGAAAUAUUUUGUACAAAUAUAUGAAUUUUUAUUAA